AUGUGAGCGGCAGUCUGGAUUCUCUCUCCAACACGUCACAAACCAAAACAAUCGACAUUAAUUAAACUCGUUCUUUCGCUUUCCAUUUAAUUUCUCGUGAAAUUUUAGACUAAUUAAAUACAAUAAUUUCCACAUUAUUGGAUUCCCAUACGGCCACAGUAAUUGAUUCAUCAUGUUUCCGACCCCAUCAUCCCCAGCGGACGAUGAGAGAAAGGACGGAAAACCAGAGACGAUGAAUGAUUACUGCAAAAAGCUGGAAACUUGGUUGUGGCAGGCUUAUCAUCAACGUUCUCUUGCCACAUCUGCUUACUUUACGGCACUCAGCAACUCACAAAACCCUUACUUUUACAACAACAACAACAACAUUUACGGAUAUGGUAUUGGUGUUCCGGACCCCAACAAUCCUAAUAAUCUUCCUCCGCAAUUCAACAAUAUCAACUUGCAAAAUGCUGCUGCACAACAACAGCAAGCAGGCCAGCAAAGAAUCAUUCUUAACAAUAUACCUCGUGCCCAGCGUCAACCUCUCCUCAUGUUCAUGGCAGCAGCAGGGAUUGCUCCACGAGCUGGAGCUGUUCCUCCUGGCACCACAACUACGACGACAGUAUCCACGGCUGUUGUCGUCAAACUGGCGCCCGUAUGGAAACGGUUUUUGGCAGAAGUUAUCGAUUUUUUGUUCCUUCUCGUUGUCAAACUCUUCAUAACUUUUACCGUAAUUGAUACAUUCGAACUAAUUGAUUUGGACAACAUUGACUUGGAUGCUUUGCGUGGAGAAGGUGGUACGGCCGCCAACGGAGCUGAUGCAGGUCAAACCGACGCCCAACUUCAAGGAUUGUAUGACAUUGCACUCUCACUGACCUCGGAACUUCUCCUGCUUGAGCUGACACAUCGAAUUGUGGUCUGCUUCUUUGAGGCCUACUGUUUGUGGAAGGCUGGAGGUACUCCUGGGAAGACGAUGCUCGGACUUCGUGUCGUCCAUGCCGUGGAUAUUCUUCCAUUCUCGCCGCAGAGGAACAAUGUCAACGUUAACAACAACAAUCAACAACUUCCUUUUGGGUGGGACUUAUCUGGUCCGAGCGUAAUUGUCCGACCUGGGUCAUAUCUCACAUUUCCACGCGCAUUGCUUCGCUCGUGUCUCAAAAAUUUUAGUCUCGCCUUCUUCUUUCCUUUGUGCUUCACCCUGUUCCAUUUCGACAAUUCGAGGACGCUAUACGACCUAAUGGCUCAUUCACUCGUGGUCGAAAUGUAACGUGCGUCUAGUCCAUCAAAAGCGUAAUGAAGAUCAAGAAAUUAAUCCCGCUGACCCAUUUUUGAUGCAUCGUUGAAAGUAUUUUAAUUCUAUGAAUUCUUCCACUACUUGUCAGCAAAGAACAAGAAGUACCUCUAUUUAUCUUUCUACUAUUGUUGUGAUAAUAAUGCAAGUUAGAUGUGGUAUCGUCAACCUACUUUCCCAUUUGUCGAUGAAACUUUUUGCAACACUAAUUGUUUCAGUUAUGAAAAAAUAUACAAAAGGGUAAUGAAUAAAUGACAUGUAUAGGAAA